AUGUUGGCGGUUGGAUUAGUCAUACCUAGGCCAGUACAAGUCUAAAAAACAAACUUGUAUUGUCUUGUCUUUGGUAACACGCACGUGUGUUGCACACCGCAGGGUUGGAGUUGGCUGAAUGGAGCUAACGUUAGCGUGGCUAAUGUCAUCUGAGGCUGGAGCAAGCUAGGCCAGCGAACACAAACGUACAAUGUAACGUUAGUUCAAUCAAUACAAAUCGUAAUGCGGUUCUGUUUACGUCCUCUUUUCUUUUAGUUGAGCUAGACACUUACUGCUACUUACAGUUGCGGAAGUUAACUAACGAUACUAAUAAGUUAGCAACUGUUAUUUUUUAUCAGGAAAUUACGACGAUUAGCAUGAUGUCUAUAUUUGACAUCUUCGGUUGAAACGAUACUUAAAUUGUAGUUUACUCCGACUAAUUCGUGAACUUCAAAUCCACCGGUAUUUGUUACUUUAAAACCUUGCAACAAAUGUUCGUUAUUAUCUCAAUGUAAGUCUAUGGUAAUAUGAAUUAUUUUGAAAGUGUUCCCGGAAACCGUAUUAUUGUUGUUCCUCCUGGACUUCAUAGACUUUUGUACGUCAACGUAACGGAUCUAUGACAAACAGCUGCCCGUGAGGUAGUGGUCCCCGAAACAUGUCUCUUAUCCCCUGGGCUGAUAUGCUGAAUAUGACCGGGGGUGGGAAUCUCCCCUCCACCUAAACCAGCGUUUACUUUACAGCCGCGAGUCGAGAGGAGCGUUAAAACCAACAGCGGUAACCGGGGCUCUUUUUUUUAUUCAAGAGAAGAUGGCGGAGUUCUCGCCCGUACUGUCGAUGCGGGAUGGAGGAGGACGUUUUGGCCAGCCCAUCUUCCCUCGGUCCAGGUCCGGUUCCGAGUCGGAGAGCGAACUGUCACAGAGCCUGGCCCGGACCAAGAUCCGCUCGUACGGAAGCACAGCGAGCGUCACGGCCUCUCUGGGGGAGAAAUACAUAGAACACCGGGUUACAGACAGUGAUACCCUGCAAGGGAUUGCUCUCAGAUACGGUGUUACGAUGGAGCAAAUCAAGAGAGCCAACAAGCUGUUCAGCAACGACUGCAUUUUUCUGAAGAACAACCUCAACAUCCCUGUGCUGUCGGAGAAGCGCUACAUAUUUAACGGACUGUCUCUGGAGUCUCCUGAUGGGGACGGUGAAGCAGUGUGCCACGAGGCAGAUGCACCUUGUGUUAUGUUGCAGGAUAUCGAGGGACCCUCGCCACCCCCUGAGAACUCCAAACCCCCCCAGCCAGAGGAGCUGUCCGCCAAAGACUUCUUACACAGACUGGACUUGCAAAUUAAACAAUCAAAGCAGGCAGCACGCAGACUGAAAGAAGAGGAAGUAAGGAACAAUGAGGAGGACUACACGGCCCCCACAACGUCAUAUCAGGAGAUAUAAAGGACCAGCCAGUUUACUGCACACACUUAUUUUUUCUCUUAACCUGUUUUGCUUUUCCCAAACCACGUUGAACAAAAGUGUAAUGUUUGCCUUUUAAUUUAUUGAUAUGCAAUUAUUACGAUGUAUGAUUGUCAUUGUUUUGUACAGUUUUACUUGGAGACUUAACAGCACGGAGGAGUAUCUGAUACAAUUAUCUGAGCUCACGUGCCCAUCCUCUCAUCAUAUGCUUCGGAAGCUGCUGUACAGAACCCACCUGCUGCAUAUAUUCACAUUCAAACACACACACACACACACACACACACACACACUACGCUAAGCAUUUCCAGAGGGAUUAGCUUGUUAGAUUUGCUAACUGCCUCUGAAGUGCUAAAUCCCCGACCUAGAAUAGUGUCAUUGGAAAGUAUAUUCAGGCCUUCCUCAUGAGUGUUUACCCUGUACGAGCACACCCCACACAGAAGCGGUGUAUGGACUCAAGCCUUUGGACACGUUCCACUUGCCUCAUUGAAGCUUUUUUUUUUUCUUUGGGGGAAAAGAAGGGACUGCUCUAUUUUUGAAGUGUGAAUGCAUUAUUUAUGUGUGUGGAAAACUGUCUGUAACAGCUGUUUUAUUGUGCUUUUAAAUUAUAUUGGUUUCAUGUGGGGAGAAUAAAUAUGUAAUUAAACCAGA